AUGAUGUCUCUCGCGCCAAAGAUUGACGAACUGAGAUGUUUUGUAAAAGAUACAAAACCUGAUUUAAUUUCACUAACUGAAACCUGGCUUAAUGACUCUGUUAGCGAGCAUCAUAUUAACAUUCCUGGUUUUCAUUUAUUACUGAAGAACCAUAGCUCUGGUGUGCGUGGAGGUGUUGGUCUAUACGUUAAAAGUUCCAUCCAGUUUAGGGCAUUGACUGACAUCUACCACCCUGAGCUUGAGGUGCUAUGGACAUACGUCAAACCCGCGCGACUUCCCAGAG